AUGCCUGGAACUGACGCUCUUCGUGCUCUCAGAUGGCUUUCGAGAAGCUCAAGUGGCCUGUUGUCAGGCGCUGAAGCCACAACGAAGCGAUGCCUGGCAACACCACUUUCGAGAUCAAUGGCAACAGAGGCCCAGCCUACGACUGAUUUUCUCACAAGAGAAUCCUCAACCGGUCCCCAGCCCGCGUGGGAUACACCCGCCAAAGCCACCACCUACUCAUUUCCUUCAAUGGAACCCCUGCGUAUCGUCGAAUAUCCUCGAAACCAUCUUCUGAUGCCUCUACGAAAAGACAUUCUUCACCGAGCCGUCGUCUACGAAGGUGACAUGACCCGGCAAGGUACAGCAAGCACAAAGUGGAGAGACGACGUUCAUGGCAGCGGUAGAAAGCUCCACGCGCAAAAGGGCACCGGUCGGGCGCGUGUUGGCGACAAAAAGUCCCCGAUUCGAAGGGGAGGAGGUGUCGCUUUCGGUCCUCACCCUCGCGACUUUGCUACGAGUCUGCCCCAGAAGAUCUACGACCAGGCCUGGCGGAUAGCCCUGAGUUACCGGUACAAGCGAGGCCAGCUGAUCAUUAUCGACAACGAAAUCUCGAUUCCCGAGGGUGCCACCCCACAUCUUGUCAAGGAGAUCUUCAAGGUCAACUGCUGGGGUCGCGAGUUUGGACGUUCAACAUUAAUCACGGAUCAACUGAAUGAAAACUUGUUCGAGACGGUACGUGAGGUGGGAGAGCAUGCAAAGAUCCUGGACCGCAAGGACGUGGACGUCAAGGAUCUCUUGGAGACAGGAAGACUGGUCAUUGAAAAGCAGGCGCUGGACCGCAUUCUAGCUCAGCAUUCAAGGGACUUGGCCAACGAGCCUGCCACGGCUGUGUAUUAG